GGGGGUCGGCACGCGCCCGCUGCACAGGCGCACACAGAUCCGACGAAAGGUCGCGAGGCUGACGCAGAAGAUGGCGGAGCUGGGUGAGGCGGACGAGGCCGAGUUGCAGCGCCUGGUGGCGGCCGAACAGCAGAAGGCGCAGUUCACUGCACAGGUGCAUCACUUCAUGGAGCUAUGUUGGGAUAAAUGUGUGGAGAAGCCGGGGAAUCGCCUAGACUCUCGCACUGAAAACUGUCUCUCUAGCUGCGUGGACCGCUUCAUUGACACCACUCUUGCUAUCACCAGUCGGUUUGCCCAGAUUGUACAGAAAGGAGGGCAGUAGGCCAUCCCCUGAGAGAAUGAUAGAAGCAGCAAAGGACUUAUUUUUAAGCAGAUUGAAGAACCAGUGGGGAAAGACUGUCAACCUUUUGUCAACUUCAGGCUAUUACCAAGCUUGUUGGUGCUAAAAAGUAACAGAUCGAAUGUUCAAAAAGUGAGAUUUAUUUAUUUGGAAUUCAGAAAUUCCACCUUGUAUCACAACAGUUAUUCAAUAAAUGUGAGUUCUCCAA